AUGAGGGCUUCAAACGACAUUGAAUUGCAGUGCGAUGACUCAAAAUUUGUGGAAUUUUUAAGGUUUCCAUUGUGUAUCUUCUCAUCGAAAUGUCUCCGUAUAUCUCAAGUCAAAGACUAUUUGAAAAGUUUGGAAGUUAAAGGCAAAGUCUCAAUUUUAAUGGGUCUCGCCUCAGUCUCAGCAAAAUAUAAUGACAAGAAAGAAUCUGCGAGCAAACGAGAAGUAAUUUCGCUGUGUUGUUCAAUUUAUGCGAGGAAAGGCUUCCUUCUUGCUGCUAGAGAAGGGAAGUUGUAUUCUGGUAGGGGAAUGGAUUUUAAAGUUGAGGGAAUAGAGCUUGGUAUGGAGGAAAUUUUAAUCGUUACAAUGGAGUAUGAAAGGUGAGAUUCUAAGUAAUACUAUAGUACAAUAACAUACUUGUCGCAAGUAUAUAUGCGAUAUGAAAGCAAACUGGUCUUCUUUAGAGUUUUGCAACUUUUUUUAACGUUUUUCUUAUAAAUAAAUUAUUGCAGGACCUUCUUGUACGAUUUGGGGUGAAAGGCUCAUGUAAUUUUGAAAAUUCAAAACAAAGGUCUCAGACAGGGUGUUACGAAAACUAAGACCCUCGAAACUAAGACCUAAGACCCGUCUUACUUGUUUAUCUGAUAGUUUUGUUUAGGCAGAAAUUUCCUUUAGUUUCAGUUAUAGUUGUGGUAGGGUUAGCAAAUCUAUCUUGCUGUUGCGAUCACUGCGUGAAUGUAGCGAAUAAAAUAAACCAGACAAAAGAAUGUGAGACAAAGGACUCCUCCCUCAGAAAUAAUUUUGUUCUGGAGACACGUGACCAGUGUUUUCCAGGGUCUCUCUCUCUCUCUCGCUCUGUAGGGCGGGGAGAGAACCCUGGGAACGAGGAUGAGUAAAACGCAAUGUAGCAUAUUCUCCUUUUUUCGCCCUUUUUAUAAAAGCACUUUUCUAUCUAUGACCUGACCAGAAAAGGAAAAACAAAAUCCGUAUUUUUGUGUGAUGUUUAACCGAUAACGCCGUUGACCUCUUAGCGAUCAGGCAUUCAGGUCGCAGCGACAUGUCAGCCCGCAACGAAGACAAAAAUCCAUCUCCAGUGGAAAACCAAUUUUAUAACUUUAAGGAUAAACAACCAAAAUUAUAGAGGUAAGGCAUAUUUUCAGUGUACAAUUAUACGUAGGUAGUCUAUAGCUUUCAUCCUCUUCUUAAAGCCACAAUAUUGAUAAUGUAUGUCUGUAAAUUGUUAGAAGAAGCGGAUCGUCUAGCACGCGUAUGAUAGUAAUUUUUGUUUGUCUUACGGAUUAUGGUCUUCAAACGGUCGUAAUUCGACUUUGUAGAAAUUUUAGAGAUUGUUUAGGUGGGAGUCUUAGUUUUCGUAAUUACGAAAACUAAGAGGGGUCUUAGUUUUCGAAAUUACGAAAACUAAGACCCCUAAAUUUACAGUUAAAUUUGACCUAAAACUCGGUGGAAAGGAUCGAACAUGAUAUAAUUUGACAGAUCAGACCUAUUUCGGUUACAAUUUGACUUUAUAUUUCGACGGAUUCGAUUUUAGGGGGUCUUAGUUUUCGUAAUCUCGAAAACUAAGACGGGUCUUAGGUCUUAGNCCUAAAUUUACAGUUAAAUUUGACCUAAAACUCGGUGGAAAGGAUCGAACAUGAUAUAAUUUGACAGAUCAGACCUAUUUCGGUUACAAUUUGACUUUAUAUUUCGACGGAUUCGAUUUUAGGGGGUCUUAGUUUUCGUAAUCUCGAAAACUAAGACGGGUCUUAGGUCUUAGGUCUUAAUUUUCAAGGGUAGUUUUCGUAACACCCGUCUCAGACAGUUUAAUUUCAACAUAGAGAAUUUCGUCAUGUCCAAAAUUUCUUGGAGUAAUUAUUAACGAGAACUGGAAAGGGAGGAACUCCUGAGCCUUUUUGCUUAGUACGUUGACUAUAUAAACGCCAAAGCAUGCAGAAAAUUUACGCUCACAGAUGAGAGAGAGGUGUGUAAGAACAACAGAAAUUGAAAGUUUUUAGAAGUAGUGUUACACCCGAAUGCGUGCAGUUGUGGGAGACUAUCUGUCAGAUAUAACCGAGUCCGUGCAAAAAACGGCAUUUAAUAUCUUAUAUCCUGACAGUUCUUACAUUCAAGCACUGUCGAAGUACGGUUGGUUUUGAUACAUAACUCGACCAGCAUUCGUUGUAAUUAAACCCUUGUUAACCAAGCGACCUCUUCAAGGGCGCUUGUCUAGCACUCAGGAUUCUACGACGACGCCCGGUUUUUCUGUACAACACUUCUUACCAUUAUUACUAUUAUUUUUUUUUUAAAUAGCCGUAUCAGGGUAUUAUUGUGAAGCAUUUGAGUUUGAAUAUUAAAUAAUACGGGAAUUUUUUUUUCAGCGAGAAUAGCAAAAGUGAGGAAAAAGUGGAAAUCAAAGCAGAAGUUUUGUUUAUGACGAUCUCCUCAAAGAUGGAGAGCAUUUGUCAAAGUUCAAGCCAGAAAGGGUUUGUCCGAAUUGAUCAUUAUUCGUCCAAAACGGGAGAAUGGAAACCAAAGGAGUUUUACGCAGAUGGGUAUCAGAACGCUUUGGAAGAAGUACAAAGAAUCGAAGAUGGGAUUCGUACUUUAGCAAAAACCGUCAGUGAAACGCCAAAUGAUCAACUUUCGCGUUUGCGUUUUGUAGUGCGUCCAUGUGCUAAAGAUGUCAAGAAUGUACCUCUCUAUAUUGAGGUUUCUAACACUAUCAAUCAGCUUCAAAUGCAGUUGGCAGAACUUAAAGUGAGUAAGAGUGGUAUAACUGAUCAAACUAAAGAGCUUGAAAGGUUACUUCACGAGCUGCAAGGUAGAAAAGUUCAAGAGUGUUCGUGGAAAAUGAUUAGUAAAGUCCAGAGGCAGAUGAAAAUGUUACGAUCAUAA